UAAGUUAUUAAAUUGGUCUGGAAAGUUCGAGGACACUACCGAAUAUGUUGGUAAUCGCUGCGCUAGACGGCGCGCGAGCAGAACAGCUGAUUGUGUGACGUCAGGUGAGACGGCGGUGUUCCUUUUUGAAUAUGAACGGGGUUUAUUUAUAUAAUUUAGAACGCUUUGGUACGAUGAACGCGAGUGGUUGGUGAGGCGUGUGUGAAUAUCGCGAGGAUUUUCCAAGGAUGAAUUAUGUGCGCCGAAAUAAACUCCAAGACGGUAUGGCGAAGAAUUCGUCAUAUCCGUACAAUUACCUGCAGCUACGGUAACGUAUAAUGGCAAGGGUUUGCCAUUAAAAACACUCGUGAGCAAACGAGUGUAUUUGGUGACCGGACAUCACGACGUCAAAAAGCAAGCGGAGACCACACUCGCACCAGGCAUGUCUACCCGCACCAGAGUGCUGAUCGUGGGGGCAGGAGCCGCCGGCAUAGCUGCGGCCUGUCGCCUGGCCGAGAGGGGUGUGCACGACUUCCUCAUACUGGAGGCUGAGGACAGGGUGGGUGGCCGAAUCUGCACCAAGACAUUCGGGGGCGUGGUCACGGACUUCGGGUGCCAGUGGGUGCACGGCGAGAAGGGCAAUGUGGUGUACGAGCUGGCAGGCCCCCUGGGGUUGCUGGAGGACUCCUGUGUGCGGCUGGACCACAGCCUGGCCUUCUCGGCCGGCUCGGGCCUCGUGGACUGGGCCACUGCUCAGCUGUUCCUCGGCACGCUGGCCGACAUUGCCGCAGAGUGUGCCCCCGGCCUGAGCGUGGCUCCUGGCCCCGCCGGGGACUUCUUCCUGCAGGAGUACAGCCGGCGCCUGAAGGCGGCAGGCAUAGACACGGACGACUCGACGCUGGCCAGGGCGUUCUUCAGGUGGUCGCGGCAGACCCAGGACUUCCAGGAGGGACCGGAGUCCAGCAACCAGCCCUCCGGGCCCGGCUGCCUGGAGCACCGGGACUGCGCUGGCAACUUCUGGCUGCGCUGGAAGCAGGGCGGCUACCACACCGUCAUAGACCUCCUGACCAAGAGGUUCCCUGAUGCCAGCGCAGAGCUGCCUGUCAGGAGCAAGGUGUGUCUCAACAAGGAGGUGACCAGUGUGCAGUGGGAGGGACAGCACCAGGUGGUGACCUCGUGUGCAGAUGGCUCUGUGUACUUGUCUGACCACGUGCUGGUGACAGUGUCUCUGGGAGUGUUGAAAGACAAGUGUCAGACCUUGUUCCAGCCCCAGCUGCCUGCCUACAAGCUCACUGCUAUUCAGGGUUUGGACAUGGGUACAUUAGACAAAAUAUUUUUGAAAUUUUCUUAUCAAUGGUGGCCAAAUGAGGUUAAAGGGUUCGGAAUUUUAUGGACCGAAGAAGCACUUGAGAAACUCCAGAUCGAUAAGGGGGACGGGAGCAGGGCCUGGCUGCAGGGAGUGUUUGGCUUCCACCCGACAGACAACGCCCCCACCACCCUCAUGGGCUGGGUCGGGGGGCAGUUUGCCAGACAGAUGGAGUCCCUGCCCCUCCCCGCCGUGCUGCACGGCUGCACGGAGCUGCUGCAGUUCUUCUUCGGCCAGCUGUACGACAUUCCUCGGGCGGAGCAGAUCGACAGGUCGGCCUGGCGCCUCAACCCGCACUUCCUCGGCAGCGGCAGUUUCCGCAGCGUGCGCAGCGAGGCCGUGGGGGCGACUGCCGCGCUGCUGGCUCGCCCGCUCCACGACUCCCUGGGCCGCCAGGUGGUGUUGUUCGCCGGAGAGGCCACGCACGACCACUACUACGGCUCGGUGCACGGCGCCGUGGAGACGGGCUUCCGGGAGGCCGACAGGCUCGCCAACCUGCUGGCCUGAGCCAUGUGACUGCGAGUGGUACAGCACUCACCAUUGUGUGCAGUAUGGACAGGGCUAAAAUUGAUCAAACAAACUUGUUAAUAAAUAAUUAUCACACAAAA